AUUAAACUUGAUCAUGAAAUAUUACUUCACCCUAAGUAUUUUGGUCCAAACCUUAUUGAGACUGUGAAGGCCAAACUUUUUUCUGAUGUCGAGGGUACAUGCUCCGGAAAGUGCGGUUUUAUCAUUGCAGUAACAAGCAUCGAACACAUUGGUGCCGGCAUCCUCCUCCCUGGGAGAGGGUUUGUACAGUACCAUAUAGUUUAUAGAGCCAUUGUUUUCCGACCGUUUAAAGGAGAAGUCAUUGACGCGAUAGUGACUCAAUGCAUUCCACCAAAUAUCAAGUUUGAAGGCGCCGAUACAACUGUCGAAAACAACAACGAAGACGAAGAACAGGUUUGCAUUUAA